UUCCUUAGUUAAUUACGGUUGGUUUUCAUGGGCUUGUUAUUGGAGCCACAUGAUUUACUGAAUUCCCUAAUUAAUCAUUUUAGUUAGGCAAAAUUGUUUUCCCACAAAAGAAAGUUUUAAUCAGAUGAAUAGGGGAUUGAUGGUCUCAUAGGGCACCCUCUAUGGGAGACUCUCGCCCUUCUGUUAGUGGUUCAGUCAGUUUGGGGUUGAUGCGCUCCACAUGCUGCUAAAGAUUAAUGUGAAAAGGUCCUGCGUUUAUGUCCAAAGAUUUUCUGUGUAAUUGGCCGCAUGGUGAGUGGUUCUGACCCCCUGUGGUUCCAGUGUAACCAAUAUACACAUGCUGAUAAAAAUACAGCAGUUUAAAGAGGAUGUUGAUGGAUCCACUAGGACAAGUACUGGGUAAGAAAUAUAUUGGUCCUUAAUUGUUGUUUAUGUUUAAAUAAUCCAGCAACAGAUAUUAUGGAAAUUCAUUUUUCCAUCUUCAAGAUUAAUCAAAUCUAAUUGUAAGAACUAUGACAUUGAAAAUUUGAUACUAGUAUUGCCUUUUGGGGUUGUAUUGAUUUGAAGAGACUUCAUUAAACCUGAAUCGGGACAGUAUUGAAUUAGCUUAAUGGUAUUCUGAAUAUCAAGUGUCUUCACUUGGGAAUGACAAAUUAUAGUGUUAAACUUGUCAUUUGAAUUUUUAAAAUUCAUUUUGGCACGUGGUGAGGCGUGCUUUCAGCAGGUGAUACACAGCAAUGUGACAGAUUUCUACCUGUAUCUUAUUGGUCACCCCGCUCUACACCUGCUGCUUCAGACCGUGAACAUUAAUCUGAUAUGAUGUAUGUCAUCUUGAAGUACACCCUUUUAUUGUCCACCGUCAGUAUUAGGUGAUCAUCUUGGUGGAAAAUUAUUUUGUCACAAGCAAUAAAAAAAAUUCUAUGCUGGUUCUCAAUUUCUUGAAUGCAAAGAAAGAUAAGCAGGUGUUAGAUGUGCUUUCAUGAUUUGCAGUUCGGCUUUUAAAGUAAUGAUAUUUUGAAAAAAGAUUAAAUAUGUUUCGUUUUUAAUAUACUUCUUAAGAAGUCUGAAAAAAAAUGAUAUAUAAGAUCUAUUGUUUCCCUUUCUUGAUUUGAAUGGUGUUUCUGAUGAGUGGGUAUUUGUAGUGUUGAAUGUUUAAUGAGUAUCAAAUUUCUUGUCCUUAAGGGAUAGUAGCCUAGAAGAUCAUUGACUAUGAGCAAACAUCUUCAAAGUCAAGGGUUGUGUAAUAUUGAGUGUUUAGUUUGUAACCUAAUGUGUGAUUUCUUAUAUAAUGUAUAUGCAUUAUUCUUAGAUUAUAGUCCAUUAUAUAAUGAACUUCUUUACUCCUGCUCCUUUGAUCAAUGUUAGAAAGCAUUACAUUAUUUACAUAGAAUGUAACAGGUCAUUCGGAAUAAGUAAUGUUGAAGGUCAGGUACAUUAAAGUGAAAGAUUUUUCUCAGCACAGCAAGAGGUAAUGAUAUAUCAGAAAUGAGUGACAGUCUCCUAUCAGUUAUAAGUUUUUGCAACUUUUGAAUAUUUAUCAGGAUUAGACCUGGAUAUAUUUUACAAUACAGUUUUGUUUGUUCAGUCCAAAUAAGCUUCUAUUCAGUGGUCUAUGAAUUUGGAAUAUGGUGUGGAGAGUAAACUGUACUUUUCACAGCUUGGGUUCCCUGUCUGCUUAGAAGCCAUUCAGUUACCCAGGUAAACUUUCACACCUGCUUCUGUAGACAUUGAGUCUAACCACCAAAUUGACCACAACCAGCCAAUCACAGCCUUGUUUUCCUGGGUGCCUUUAGAUAUAGUGUCAAAAUUACCAACCAGACUGGUUUUGUCUGUAGCAUGUGAAUUUGUCAUAUUUCUUGUGUUCAAGUGGAGGUUUAUUGGAUUUGGGAAUAAUUUAAUACAUCUGUGUGUCCUUACAAACUGUUGUGAAUUGAAUAUUGAAUUGUUCACCAUGGUGUUUCAACACUUAGAUUCUGGUGGGAAUUACGAACGGAAAAUAAUGGGUACCAGAGGUCAAAUAAGAUUGUCAGCUUAUAUGAAUUUUGGAUUACUGACAGUUCAUGUUAUUCAAGCCAGACACCUAACUUCAAAGUUCUCACCAUUAUGUAAUGCAAUUGUAAAGAUGUCACUAGUGCCGGAUGAAACAAGAAAAUCAAGAUGCAGAACAGAAGUUGUGAAUGGAUCCAAUAACCCACUUUUUGAUGAGAAAUUCUCCUUUGAGCUUCUAGAAGAAGACAACAACAAACGGCUGCUGAUUUCUGUUUGGAACAAAGAAUCUGGAAACAGUGAGUUUUUGGGAUGUACCUCUUUUGGCAUUCGUCACCUGAUUAACCCCAGGAAGGACACAGAUGGAUGGUACUAUCUGCUGACCGAGGAAGUAGGUCGUAAGAAGCACUUGAAGUUGUCCAGUAAAAACCAACCCAAACUGCAAGUCAGAAAUCAGAGAGAAAAUGUGCCCCCCAUUAACAAGGACAUUUGGGGAAUGGAGUCGCUCACAGUGACAGUACACAGGGGAGAGCAUGGUUAUGGAUUCUCUGUGGUAGAGAGCUGUCCUGUCAAAGUUGGCCGAGUUGAUAGAGGGUCCCCUGCAGACCAUGCUGGGCUUUGUCCAGGAGACUGUAUUAUCAGAGUCAACAAUCAGAACGUGUCACGAUCCCAGUCAGCAAGUGUAGCCAAGCUAGUCAAGAGUGCUGGUCCAACCUUGACAAUUGACAUCCAGCGUUCCAAGGCUUACGAGAUCCUGGACUCCGCAUCAUGGCAGCAGGUGCUCCCUCCCAACUCCUCCAUAGAACAGAUGGAGCUGAGGCGAGGCCAGGAUGACAACAACUCGGGAGAGCUUUCUGAUGACAGUCACAGGACUGACGGAUCCGUGGAUGAGGGCAUCUUCUCCCUGCCCAGCCAUCUCAUCACCAGCACCCCACUCCCUCUCUUCUUGAAUGGACACCAGACUGUGCCAACUCCUGAGAAGAGGAAACAAGAAGCCAUCCACAGGUUGAUGAGCAUAGAGAUGGAUUUCAUUGAUGUCAUGCAUGCUGGAAUGCAGCGCUACUCCAGACCACUUCGUCAUUGCAUUUUAAACCCAAGACAACAUUUUACACUCUUCCAAAACAUUGAAAAGUUGGUUACCAUUUCUGAGUACCAUCUCAAGCAGAUCAAUGACAACAUGCCCUCCUUCUGUUCGGACACUGAAGGAUCUUUUACAUCCAGUGAAGGAGGACACAACUUCUCCAUUGGAAUGAUCUAUCAAUCAAAGGUACAUAUGCUUUCCCAGGCCUAUGACUUGUAUUCAAAAGGAUUGGGAGAGGCCAAUGACCUCCUAUCUGAUCUACGAAGAUCAACAGAAUUUGUCAAAUUUGUUCGGGAACCCCCUUUGGAGCCUCAGCAACCCUCCAUCAGCACAUUUUUAACCAGACCAGUUCAUCACAUUCGAGAACUUUACCAAGUACUACAAGAUAUCUUCAUGAACACCUCGAAUGAAGAGAGUGACUUCAGAGGCCUCAAACAAGUUGUAGAAAGUUUAAAUGAGUGUGUGGGGAACAUCUCAAACUACAGCUGCGUGGACAGAGUUCCCAGUAUCUCCUCCCUGGCCUCCUCAACAGGGAGCACUGGUCACUCCAAGACAGAGGCGGGCUCUGUGUCCGGGAAAGGCAUCCUGGCCCCGUCCUGUUCCAUGAAUACAGUGCGGUCCAUCGACUCAGAAGUAGCCAGAAUACAGGAUAGGCUGGUGUUCUCAUCUAAAGUGUUGAAGUUCCAGCUUUGUACUGAGGACAGACAUCUGAUCUAUGCUGGGGACAUGUUCAGAUGGGAAGGAACAACUUGGAAGAAGCUGUUUGUACUGCUGUUCUCUGACAUCCUGGUCCAAACAGAACAGGACAGAAGUGACCAGUUACAUGUGAUGUAUGAACCUGUGUACCUGAAGCACAUCACACAGGUGGAUGGACAGAGAAAUCACACCACAGAACUUGUCAUCCACCAUGCUUCCAACACAACCCCUCAAGGAAUACCCAUUACCCACAAGAUGCUUUUCCGGGCCCCAACAACAGAGUUGAAGUACACAUGGAAGUCCCUGCUGGAACAGAAGGUACACAACGUUCGGGGGACGUCGACCACAGACUACUACAGCCUCAGUGACUGCUCGGGGUCCGCGGUCAUCAUAUGAAGUCAUAGCCAUGAAUGGCUACCGACUGAAUAGUAGUGCUUCAACUCUAAUCCGAAACAGUUAAUCUGAUGUGAAUUUGUAAUGGAGACUCAAGUCUGAGUUGAGUUUGUAAGAACCUUGAUGUCAUGGCCUUUUAAAGAUAUUAUACACUGUCAGUGUACUAUCAAAUAAAACUUUGUGUUCAGUAGUAGCUGCUCUGUAGCUGUAAAAAUUGUAUGUGUUUGUUGAUUGCAGCAUAUAGCUUGUUACGUUACUUUAUUGACCUAGAUUCAGUAUUUAUGGAGUACAGAUUCUUGUGUGUAUAGGAACUAUGUUACAAACAUAGCUAGUCAAAUAAACAGCAAGUUAUUAGUCCAGAUGACUUGCAGUACAUGUACUAUUUGUAGGUUUUUAUCCAUUAGCAGUAUGUAAACAUUUGUUCUUAAUGUUUAGCUACUAUGUUUAUUCAGAGCAUUUCAAUACUCAGUGUUAUUUUUAACCACCAUUGUAUUCUCAGUGAUAUAUUUUAUUGGAUUUUACAUUACAUGGAAUGGGAUGUAGUGAUUGGAUUUUUAGACUAAGUAUGACUAGUAUGGAUAACAUAGUAAACAAGACAUGGGAGUGUGUUUCAAAUAGAUUGCACUUAUGAGUUGAUGAGGAAGAUAUUCCUUGAAUUGUGUUCAAUUAAAAGACAAGACAUGUAAAAGUAAACCAAUUACUUGUAGUUUUGUGUUGUACUUUUUAAUACACUUUUUGAGAUAUUUUUAUCUGUUUUAUAUUUGUUUUUUUUUUCUGACACGAAAGUGCUAUUGUAUUUUAUAUUUGGAAUUUAUGUUACGUUAAAACUUUGGAAAUCCUUUCACUUUGUCAUACCUCCUUCCACAUUCGUGGUUCCACUUUUCCUCCUUUUUCUCUGUCCUCUGAACUUUGUAGUAUUUAUUUUUUUUAAGACCUAUUAGACGAUUAGAAUAGAAACUUUUUGUAAAUUUAUUAGAAAAAAGUAAAUGCAUAUAAAAACAAAA